AUGAAUUCCUCAUCUUAUGACUAUAAUGUGUCGAGUCCUCCGAGUUAUCGAGACUCCUACAACACAGCUGUGGCCAAAAAUGUGAUUGUGCUGGCUCUUGGCCUGACCAUAAACUAUAUGAAUGCUACCCUGAUUCACACCUUCAGAAAACACCAGGUAUUUUACGUGAAUCCUCGUUACAUCUUAUUCAUCCACCUGGUGGUUAACGACAUGAUCCAGCUGACUACAACAAUAAGUCUCUUCGUCUUUAGUUAUGUCUUCUACAAAAUCAACGUUUCCUUUUGUUGCGUCAUCCUCACCUGUGCUGUGUUCACCACCCUCAACACUCCGUUAAAUUUAGCCGUCAUGGCGGUGGAAUGUUACAUCGCGAUUUGUUUACCACUGCGACACACCGAGUUGUGUACGAUCAAAAGGACGUACAUUCUGAUUGGCUGGAUUUGGGCCAUGAGUGCAGUCUCAACCCUGCCGGAUGUGUUUAUUAUUCUGGCAACAGAGCCCGUGCAGUUAUUUUAUUCCACAAUCUUUUGUGCUAAGAACAACCUGUUCAGACACCCCAUACACUUAAAAAAGAGAGAUGUUUCCUACAUUAUUUACCUCAUUGGAGUUUGGCUCACUCUCUUCAUCACUUAUUUCAAGAUCUUUAUAGCUGCUAAAGAAGCUAAAGCUGCUAAAUCAACUGAUGGAGACACAAAGAAGGCCAGGAAUACAAUCCUGCUCCAUGGCUUCCAGCUGCUGUUGUGUAUGCUGACCUAUGUAUCUCCUUUGGUACAAAAGGCUCUGUUCUACUGGUUUCCUAAACAUUUUUCACAUGUACUUUUUGUUGCCUACAUCCUCGUCCAGAUCACUCCCCGGUUUGUCAGUCCUAUUGUGUACGGCCUACGAGACAAGACGUUUAGACAGCACUUAAAAAAGUAUCUGCUGUGUUCAGUGAGAGUGAGCAUCAAAGCAAGGACGACUACAAAUCACAUGUUGCUGUACUAG